GAGGAACAGCUCCAACAUAAAAUAAUUUAAGGGCAUGGAUUCCCUCUUGUGUUUCACGCUUUUCUUCUGCCUCCUCUGCCUUUCACUCUUUCCUCCUUUUGCUUCUUCUGCCUUAUUAUUUCAGGGAUUCAACUGGGAAUCAAGUGGGAAAGGAGGAUGGUACAAUUCAUUAAAGAACACCAUUCCUGACAUAGCAAAUGCUGGAGUUACUCAUGUUUGGCUCCCUCCACCUUCUCAAUCUGUUUCUCCACAAGGGUAUCUUCCAGGAAGACUAUAUGAUCUUGAUGCAUCAAAAUAUGGUUCUAAGGAUGAACUGAAGUCACUAAUUGCAGCAUUCCAUGCUAAAGGAAUAAAAUGUCUGGCUGACAUUGUCAUCAACCACAGAACCGCCGAAAGGAAGGACAGCAGAGGAAUUUACUGCAUCUUCGAAGGCGGUACACCGGAUUCCCGCCUCGACUGGGGCCCACAUUUCAUCUGCAAGGACGACACCACAUAUUCCGACGGCACCGGAAACAACGACAGCGGCGAGCCUUAUCAACCUGCACCUGACAUCGAUCAUCUUAAUCCACAAGUUCGGAAAGAAUUAUCCGAUUGGAUGAACUGGCUUAAAACCGAAAUAGGAUUCGACGGUUGGAGAUUCGAUUUCGUGAGGGGAUACACCCCUGACGCCACUAAGACGUACAUGGAAAACACUUCGCCGGACUUCGCCGUCGGCGAGAAUUGGAACAGACUUUCUGUUGGCCCCGAUGGAAAGCCCGAGUAUAACCAGGACGCGGCGCGCGGCCAGCUGGCUAACUGGGCCGAGAAUGGCGGCGGCGCUGUUAAGGCAUUCGAUUUUACUACGAAAGGGAUUCUCCAGGCUGGUGUUGAAGGGGAGUUGUGGAGGUUGAAAGAUUCGAAUGGAAAGCCAUCUGGUUUGAUUGGUUUGAAACCUGAGAAUGCUGUUACGUUUAUUGAUAAUCAUGACACUGGUUCUACUCAGAAACUUUGGCCAUUUCCUUCUGAUAAAGUCAUGCAGGGUUAUGCUUACAUCCUCACACAUCCAGGAACUCCAACUAUAUUCUAUGAUCACUUUUUUGAUUGGGGAUUGAAGGGAGAGAUAUCUAAAUUAAGUGAAAUAAGGAUCCAGAGUGGCAUCAAUGAGAAGAGCAAUGUGAACAUUCUAGCAGCUGAGGGUGACCUUUAUGUAGCUGAGAUAGAUAACAAGAUCAUUGUGAAGAUAGGACCAAAGAUGGAUCUUGGAAACCUUAUUCCCCCAAAUUUCAAAGUUGCUACCUCUGGUCAAAACUAUGCUGUUUGGCACUGAUUUAGUUAAUUAAAUGAACAUAUUCAUGUAGUAUACAUUCUUAUAAAUGUACACUGUACAAAUUAUCUUCUUCCUA